GUCGCCCAUGGAAAGUUAAAGCAGACAGACGACACUGUGUUCCAGAACAAUUUUCGAUUGUCUCCAUCAAUUUUGGAGUGUGUCAUUUUACCGAGCACUUCAUUCGUAUUUGUUUUUUAAAUUAGAUUUUCUUUUUUAUUUAUUUAUUCCUCCGUCAAUUGCGAAUCGUGAUUUGUGGUACAUUUCCAAAAAGGAGAUUGAACGUUUUCAAGUGAAGUGAAAAAUGGUGGGCGGUCGCAGUGGCAGUUAUUCGUUCGAAGAGAAAAAUCUCAACAGUCCAGCAGAAGACAAGUCGAUCGACGAUGAUAUUCCAAAGAAAAGUGAUCUCCGGGGUGAAACAGAAAUGAUGGGUUCUGGAGUCGACGAAGUGGACUACGCCAAGCAAGUGGAACCGGAAAUAGAACGCAAACGGCGCUAUUUCAGCCUGGUCAUCAUCACCUUCACCGCAUUCGCCUUUAAUUUAUCCUUCUAGUUUUUUUCUUUAUCCUCCUAUUUUCUAAUUUUUAUUAGUCGAUGAUGGCGCUACCGUCAGCCUGGCGAGAUAGCGCUUGUUAAACAAAUGGAUACCCCGUCAGCCAACGGAUGAUGAUCCACCGCCUCUCAGCCGGAGUAAAAAUGGAAAAGUGCUCCCUCAUGCUUGAAUUUCCCCCGAAUUUAAAGUUUCGACUGCGGAUUUUCCCAAUUGUCGAGGGCCAGUUCACGGUCACGCUGGUGGUAACAGCCUGUCAUCAUGAUAGUCUGUGAAGGUAUUUGACGUCGGUGCUGUUAGAACGCGAGGGUGGCUGCUGUUGUGAACGACACGAUUAGAUGCAUAACAUGGUGUCGAGCUCAAGUUACUACGAGUAGUUCAGAUUUCUAUCAUAUGAAACCAUUAGCACCUACUAGACGUGCGUCGUUCAAAUGCCAAUGACCAACAGCCACGUCAACAAUUAUUCACGACGACACUAUUAUGUAUACAUAAGCCGUCGUCUUUGCCAGUUCAUUUCACAGAUAUUUUCUGAUCUUCACACAGUUUAGUAUAGACUCGCUGAAAACUCUUCAUCUUGAAUUUUAAGGUAUAAAGAUAAAUUGAAUUUAUUAUUAAACCAAAUAUGUUAUUUCUCGUAAGUUUUCUGUUUUGUUAAUUCUGAUAUCUGUAAUUUGCCCUUUAAAUUUUUGUAAAACAAAUAUUGAUGGAAUUGUUCAAAAUUUGAAUUUUUCAUUGUUGUAUUAACGUAAUUUGUCCAUCAUGGCUAUAAUUAAUUGGCAAAUUAAUUGCUUCAAAUCCACAAGCAUUGUUGAUAACUAACAUUGCAAUAAAAUAAACUGUUAUUUGAUAGGUUUUAUAAAACAAAUAUUCACCUCACAAGCUGAAAAAUGGGCAGAAAAAGAGGAAAGCAGACAAUCGGAAAAGAACAAGGUGGACAAGAAGGUGCUGAAGCACAAGCAGCCAUGGAAAUGGAGUCUCAACUUCCGCAAAGAAUGACCCAGAGACCUGCUGGUGCGCCCCAGCAACCACGUCCUUAUUCUGCUCCUCAUGGACAACAGCCUCGUUCCAUCACUCCCCAAACCCAACGCCUAGGAGCUCAGGGCGCAGCACUUCGCCCCCCUCCGCGCAGUGCUGCAGGUGGCGUAGGAACUUUAGGUCGGCCGAUCAAGCUUUCUGCCAAUCAUUUUGCCGUCGAUAUGAAGAAAACGAUUCUUUAUCAUUACGACGUUGAAGUCAAACCUCUUCCCCCGAAAACGCUUCUCAAAAAAGUCAUCGGGCAGUUUCUAGGGAGCGACUCACGUUUCAAAGACAUUUUUCCGGUUUUUGAUUUGAAAAAGAACAUCUACACAGCUCGUCGGAUUCCGGGCUUGGAUUCAAAGGUUGAAAUCAAGUUGGAAUUUCAAGAGUUGGAUUGUGAUGGAACUCCCAGGUUGAACGAAUUCACCAUCAGCUUGCAACCCACUGGCAAAUUGGAAAUUGAUUUGAGGGCCCUGGCCAGUUACUGUCAAGGUGGUUCCGGUUCGUCCGUUAACAUACCCCUUCGUCCUAUUCAAGCCUUGGAUAUCGCAUUAAAAUAUGGCGCCGCUCAACGUUGUACACAGGUGAUGCUCGGAAGUUGCUUGCUUUCGAAGCCUGUUGCUGGAAGGAGCGAAGAACUCGGAGGAGGAGUGGAGGUCUGGUUUGGACAUUUCCAGUCCUUGCGUCUGGGUUGGAAACCGUUUCUUAAUGUGGACGCCACCCAACGUGCCUUUAUGAAAUCCGGCCUAGUUCACGAAAUAAUGGCAAACAUGUUCAGAGCUAGACCUGGUGAUAGGUUGAAAGAGCGCGACUACAAGGAUUUUCACAAGACAAUUGCCACCUUGAAGGUUUCCUACAACCGUGGGAAAUACAAAGCCACGGUUGGAUGUAAUGGUAUUAAAGGAGCGGCCAACACGGAGAAAUUUGAAUGCGAUGGCAAGACGGUCACGGUCCAGGAAUACUUUGAAAAGAAACUCAACAUGAAGUUGAAGUAUCCCGACCUUCCCUGUGUCUGGGUAGGAAGUCGAGAAAAGAAUAACUUGGUCCCAAUGGAGUUGUGCUCGAUCGCCGAAGGUCAAGAGUAUCGUCGCAAGUUGACUGACUUUCAAAAGUCUGCCAUGAUCAAAGUUGCUGCCACAGCCGCUGAUGUUCGCAAGCAAAAAAUUCUCGAUUCCGUUCAUGGAAUGCAAUUUGCUCAGGAUCAAUAUGCUCAACAUUUUGGCAUUUCGGUCGAUACACAGAUGGCCAAAAUUCAAGGGCGAGUACUGCCUACGCCUAAGCUUGUUUACGGUGACAGAGAGUCGUCGUCAAUUGUUCCUAGAGACGGAGUUUGGAAUAUGAGAAAAAUGAAAUUUAUCGAAGCCAAGUCGAUGAAUUCAUUUGGUUUAAUCGACAUCACUAAAUGCGGCGAUGGGGCUAUUGACUUGUUCAUUAGCGCAUUGACAAAAACUGGUCGAGAAAUGGGCAUGUCAAUGGGGCAGCUACUUUUCAACAAGCCUUGUGGGAUUGAUAGCUUGGAAAGCACUAUGAAAACAGCUAAGCAGAAGUUUCCACAGCUUCAAAUCAUUUUUGUCAUCAUCAACCGCCAUCAAGGCGCUUACGAUAUUGUGAAGCGUGUUGGGGAUUUAGAUCUGAAAAUCACCACGCAAUGCGUACAGCAAAAGAACGUGACGGGAAGAAACGGACCAGAUCCGUCAAUCAUGGCCAACAUUUGCUUGAAGCUCAACGCUAAACUAGGAGGAAUCAACAAUUUGAUUUCACGCGAUUUUCGCCCCAAGAUGUUAUUGAACGAACAAGUCAUCAUCAUGGGAGCUGAUGUGACGCAUCCUGGUGCCGACCAGCAAGAUUCUGGCAAACCUUCCAUCGCAGCCGUCGUGGGAAGUGUUGAUCCGCGCGCCUCGCAAUACUGCUGCGAGAUUCGAAUUCAAAAAUCAAAGCAGGAGUACAUUGAAGACAUGGAGACGAUGGUGUACAAUUUGCUGCGCAAAUUCAACAGGGUGUCUGGAGCCACUUCAACUGGCAAGCCACAGCGGAUCAUUUUCUACCGUGAUGGUGUGAGCGAAGGCCAAUUCGCAAAAGUUCUUGAAUGGGAGCUAAGCGCCAUUCGCAAGGCUUGCAUCAAACUGGAAUUUGGAUACCAACCACCAGUGACUUUCAUCGUAGUUCAGAAGCGCCACCAUACUCGUCUUUUCCCGGAUGAUCAGAGCGAUGAGUGUGGCCGUGGAAAGAACGUCCCACCUGGAACCAUUGUCGAUAACACGAUCGUGCAUCCCGUCGAGCAAGAUUUUUUCCUCGUUUCACACCAAGGAAUUCAGGGUACUAGUCGGCCGACCCAUUAUCACGUUCUCUGGGAUGAUAGCAAGUUUCUGGCAAACGACAUUCAAAUGUUGACAUAUUAUUUGUGUUACGUAUUUACCAGAUGCACUCGCUCUGUGUCGUAUCCAGCCCCGUGCUAUUAUUCGCAUCUGGUUGCCUUCCGUGGACGCCAGUACUAUGACAACUUGACUGGGAAUCGUCAAGCCAUGUCUUCGGCUGAUCUGCAGACUCAUAUCGAUUCAACCCGUGAUUUGAGAUUCAUGUUUUUCGUUUAGACUUUAACAAUAAGUCGCUUAUUAUUUUUCUUUUCACCAGCUAAUUUUCUUAUUCACUAUUGCUGGUUUUAUCCAUCUCAUGAACUAAUUUACAUUCAAUAUGUAGGUAUAAUUUGUUUGGAAAAGGAUGACUAGUUUUCUUUUACGUGCUGAUUACCAUAUGUUCAUCCUUUGAAAUUAUUGACCAAUAAGACUUAAAUUGUGAUGGUUAUCUAAUCUCGUGGUCCAAUUAAGAGAAAACAUGUUCAUAUAUUCUCUGCA